AUGCCGAAGGGUAGCUAUAUUCCUUGGACUGCAUCUGAGGAAAACAACCUCGAGCAAUGGAUAUCUGAGCACCUCUGGUUGUCUUGGGAAAGAAGAGCCGAGGAAUAUUCCAAGCAACACAAUAAAGGCAGAUCAUUCGAAUCGCUGCGAGGUAAAUACAAUCAGCUUCGGAAAGGGAUUAGAAGACGGCGUCCAAUCUCUGAUAAAUUGCCUACACGUAUCCGCACGAUGACCCGUAGGGCUCGGUACCGGCGCCAGAAGCUUCCGGAAGGCUUCCCUCCUUGCCCCCCUGUCCACAAGCUUAAGGCCUCGGACCCUUGGGCUCGUCGACUACUACAGCAAGGGCAGCAAUUCGGAAACGCACGCCCUCGAGCCUCAGUGGCCUCGCUGAAAAAAGAUAACUACGAGCCCUCAUAUCCAGCACAUCAUGCUGCCCCGGCCCCAAACCGUUCUUUCGGCGGCGUGAACAACCAGCCUUUGUUUCACAGCUUUGGAGGAUGA